AUGCCAGUGCCACCGCAGCACAAGUCCGUCGUUUCCUCUUCCGGUCUCCUGAACAAGGACUUUGCGCUUCCACCUGCUCAGACCGGAGCGGAAAUUGCCAUUCUGCCCGAAAAGCCUGUGGUAGACUGGGCAACGACUUUCAAAGGCGUUCUGCAAGGCUUGGGAGCCAAAGUGAUCGAAGGGAACGACUGCGUCACUGCCAAUACGCAAGGUAUCUUGUGGGUCGAUCACGGGUCCAAGAAUGUACACAUCCUGGAAAAGGCGCUUCAGGUUGGCACGUCGGUCAAGUGGGUUCAACUUCCAAUGAGCGGCAUCAAUGCGUAUGCCCCAGUCGUCAAGAGGUAUCCACACCUUAUCUGGACGAGCGCAAAGGUGAGCAUCAGCGCUGACGUUGCAGUACUCUUCUCGCUCACCGUAUCCUUCGCAUCUGUCACAGGGAGCUUAUGCCCAACCAGUUGCCGAGCAUGCCCUGACUCUGACCUUGGCACUGCUGCGGCACAUACCCCUCAGAGUUCGUGCGGACUGCUGGGGCCCAAUGUAAGCCGCCUUUCUCAGGAUGCUCUUCUCCUAACGAGAUUUGACGCCGAGACGUUCUUGCGCACAGGCUAGGCUACUCUCUCUUUAAUCGUCGAGUGCUAAUCAUCGGUGCCGGUGGAAUCUCGCUGUGCCUGCUAUCUUUAUUGAGUCCCUUUACUCCGCAAGUCACUCUAUUCCGUCGUCGAGCUACAGAAAAGCUGGAGCUAUCUGAAUUGCCAAUGACGGACGAAGCGCGCGCCUUGGUGGAUGUACAAGGAUUGAGCAAGCUGCACGAAAAUUUACCUCGGGCUGACGUCGUCAUCAUAGCUGCUGCGCUCACGGCGGAUACCCAUCACGUCAUUGGGGAAAGGGAGCUGGGCCUGAUGAAGCGUACAGCUGUGCUCGUCAACAUUGCGCGAGGGGAGCACAUCGACACACCAGCAUUGGUCAAAGCGCUUCGAGAAGGUCAGAUUGCCGGUGCAGGGCUCGGUGAGUCUGGGUGA